AAUGUGUGUGUCAGCUCACCCAGAGUAGGGAGCGUCCGGCGACCGAGCCAUGACUGGCAGCCUCACAGACACACAGCAGUUUGGCAUUUGGAUCAUUCACACUUCCUGUUGGAUCAAUACGUUUGUUGUUGUUUUGAGCCUGCUGGGAAAAGGCCAGACCGAGUAAAACAACAUCUGUCACUGCCUCCUGGAACGCCUGAAACAUGGCUCACAUCCAGAGGGUGCAGAAGAAGGACCAGCACCAUGUCCCUGACCAUCUCCUCUUCCUCAUCUGCGUCCUCCUCCUCUCGAGAGCUCUCCUCCUGCUCCUCCAACUCCUCCUCCUCCAUCGUCCUCGCUCAGAGACACUCCAGCCUGGUGCAGCCGCUGUGUGUCAGCCCUGACAGGACUCAGAGUCCCAUCUACAAUCAACAGUAUUCAGGGAAUGGAGUGGCCCCUACUUUUGUUAAGAACCUCCAUGACGUGUCCACAGUGAACGGUCAGCUGGUGGUGCUGGAGUGUCAGACUGAGGGGAACACCCCCUCUGCAGGUCCAUGUGGUACAGAGAGGACGAGCAAGUGCUGGACUCGGAUGAUUUCAGGAUACUACGCAAGAAGGCCAGCUCUGCAUCAGUUGCCAGAGGAGCUGUGUACACUGGUGAUCACAGAGGCUUUUCCAGAAGACUCUGGCCUGUUUAAAUGUGUGGCCAUCAACUCCUUCGGCAUGGUCUCCUGCUCAGCAAUCCUGGAAGUUUACAAUGACCUGGAGGAGCAGCUGGAGAUCGAGGCCGUUCAUCAGCAGGAAGCAGUUUCUCUCCGACAGGAAAAGGAAGCCGUUUUCCAACAGGAGACUUCCUCCUUCAGAGAGAGCAGCGAUGACUUUCCGUCUGAGCUGCCUGACUCCAUGACCCUCCCCCCUCCUGAGUGGCCCGACAGCCCUCUGGAAGAUAACAUCCCUUAUGCAGAUUUUCCAGAGCCUCAGCCGGCCAACCACUCCUCUGAAGAACCCUUCGGUUACAGCGAGGAGGGAAGUGCGCUGAGCUCAGAGGGCCACAGGUCACCAGGAGUCACUGUCCGAGCCUGCACUCCCAGCCCUCCCCCUCCACCCUCACCACCACUACCACCAACCCAAGUCAAGGAGAACACCCAAACAACCAAGCUGUUCACCCCAAGCAAGCUCAGUUUCACUUCCUCCCAGUCAGGAGGUAACAACAUGAACCUGUCAGACCUGCCUACCUUCACUCCCAGCGUCUUCCCUCCCAGCGCCUUUAACUAUGAGCGACCGAGGCAUUUCAUCCAAUCACAGCCGGCCUUUCAGGCACCCAGCUAUGAAAGCGUUCUGAAAGAGGCCCAGGAGAACCAAACCAACUCCCAACAGAACCUCAACAGUUACCCAAAUAGUCCAAAUGCUACGGAGACACAGAGUCAAGCUAAAAUGACACAAAGUCAGUCUUUUUCUCAAACUCAGUCAGUGUCCAAGUCCUUGUCACAGACCAAGUCUCAGUUUCAGUCACUAAGCCUCAGUCAGAGCCAAGCCCAGAUCCAGACCCAGAUCCAGACCCAGACCCAGUCCAACGGCACAAGCAAGUCCUCUCCCUCCUCAUCAUGUCUCAGCUCUCCGAUCUCCACCUUGGCCUCCUCCUCUGCUGCCCCUCCUCAUUCCUCCACUGCCCGGUUGCUCAGUUCCUCUGCCACCACCACCCCCACCUCCCCAUUCCCUGGCCCCCUAUCCUCUCUCCCCCGCACCACCAUGCGUUCCACCAUCACCCUCACCCCCAGCAUCCCCAGCGCCACCGGUCUUGGUAGCGCCACCCUGCCGGCCAAUCAGGACACCAUGUCAGCACCUGCCGCCUACCUCUGCUCUGUGCUGCCCUCCCCGUCCGCCUUCUCCCCUUUUUCCUCCUCCAAGCUGUCUCCCAACUCCAACCUCUCCCACCCCUCCACCUCCCCCUCCCGCUCCCCACUCGCCCCCUCCAGUCCCCUCCUCCCCAUAAGGGCCUCCUCCUCUCCUUCCUCCCUCCCUCAGCAGCGUCUUCCAGUGUCACUCCCUUGCUCCCCUCUCUCUCCCUCCUCCUCCUCCUCUCUCUCACAGCCCAUUACUCCCAACGGUCAGAACAGAGUACCGCCUGCUGUGGUCUCCUUGCCUGCCAGCUACAAGGGACCGCCAAGCAUCCUUCCCAAGCCCAUUCUGAAGAAGUCUGUAGCUCCUCGGCCUUCUUCCUCUCGCUCCACAGAUGACGACAUCCAGGGCUCCAAAGACGCCCUCAUCCAGGAUCUGGAGAAGAAGCUGCGUUCAAAGGAGGCCAGGAGGAGUAACAGCCAGAAACUGUCCUAUGAGGAGCGUAUGGCUCGUAGGCUGCUGGGUCCAGACAACGCCAACUACAUGUUUGACCAAGACAGUCUCUCAGACUCACAACUCGACCAGCCAGAUUCACCAGAAGGAAGACACACGGGUGGACUAUGGGGGAGGCGCCACACAGGGACAGAUGAGAGGGGAAAUGAGGGCUCAGCUAUCCAGGAGAAAUGUUACGCUCCUCGCUUCCUGCAGAUCCCUUCAGACCUCACUGUAGAGGAGGGACGCUUCUGUAGGAUUGACUUCAAGGUGGGAGGCCUCCCUACACCAGACGUCUGCUGGUACCUGGACGGUAAAGCCAUUCGUCCAGACGACUACCAUAAGAUGUUGGUGUGUGAGAAAGGGAUGCACUCGUUUAUCAUAGAGAUCGUCACAGUGCACCACGCCGGCGUUUAUGAGUGUGUGGCCAGGAACCGAGCAGGGGAGAGCAAAUUUACCAUGAGGCUCGAUGUAAUAGCCCAAGAGGCUCUCCGUCCUCCCACCUUUGUCCAGAAGAUGUCGAACUCUAGAGCUCUAGAAGGCGACACUGUUCGGUUAGAGUGUAAAGUGGACGCUUCCCCUCCUCCACAGCUCCACUGGAAGAAAGAUAAAGACAUGCUGCGCAUUGACCCGAACAGAAUGAGUCUGUAUCAGGACGGUUCAGGCCGCCAGUGCUUGUUGCUAGAGAGGGUGAUGAAGUCUGAUGCCGGUUGGUACACCCUCUCUGCCAUCAACGAAGCCGGAAUGUCCACAUGCAACGCCAGGCUGGAUGUCGGCACUCGCACGGCGCCGGCCAUGAAGACGGCGCCCCCUGGCUCGAAGACGUUGAAGCUGCUGUCCUCUCUGAGCCACGUGCCCUCUCUGACCGUAGAGAGCCCGGCCCAGCACACCGCCCCGCUGUACGAGAGUGAAGAGCUGUAGACCCCCCUACUGAACCCAGUCAGAUAACCAUCACAUAUCUCAGAACUGUAAAGCUGGGCCGGAGCCUGUAUUAUCUGUCACCUCGAGGCAGAUGCGGUACAAAUCAUGCUCCGGUCCAGAUUAACAGCAUCGCAGCAGACCAGGACACAGAACACUUUUAAAGGCCGAUCCAGGUCAGGUCAAUUAAACAUAAAAGGCCGAUGAACGUCACAGUUUACUUUAAAAUUUCUUGAACAAUUUAAGUUGAUACAUUUUCAAGAUUAAGGUACAUUUACAGGGAACAUUUUUAAAUAAACUGCAAUAUGGUAUUUUUCUUCAAUUGGAAAAAGUUGAAACUCGUCAUGCUAACACGCUCAAAACAAGCCUUCCUCCAUCCAUUACAUGUUGAGGAAACAACAACCCGAAACAUGAGAAGCACUUUGUAGCUGCCUCCAGACAAACGUUUUCACAGUCAAGUGCCUUGAAGAGUUCAAAUAACGACACCUCAUACUGUCCAUCUGCUGCUGUUUGUCACCACUGUGCCUGUCCUCUGUCUGUCUGUCUGUUGUUUAAGGCUGCAGAGCUGAUGUUUGAUACAUGCCUAUAAGCCUCUCUUCAUCUGCUCUCAGUUAAAUGCUGCGUCUAGGUAUUAAUAGACCUGGAGUCAGACCUGCUGCCACUUUUAACCCAGAGGCCUACUACAACACUGCAACACAAAUACCCCUGUAGUCAAGUUUCCCCAUAGAGAGGUGACCACCAGGGAACCUUAUUUAAGAAAAAUCUGAACAGUGGUCAACGGUGAGAGACAGAUAAUUUUUUGAUCCCGUUUGAAUUGCGCCGUGAAUCACACAUUUGUCCAUUUUGUCAAGAAAGUCUCAGUUUGUUGUAAAACUGUUGAAGUAUCAGACUGUGAAAAUACGUAAUUAGAAAGACGACACACCCAAAAGUUGCCUAAGUGACGUCUCUCUCUCUCUGAAGCUACAAUGUCUGUGUGUUUCCUACUGGGAUGAACUAAAAAAAACAGGAGUUUCUGGAUAAAACACAUCAGGCGAGAUAAGGUUUCAUCUGUGCGUUGUCAUAGCUCAGUUAGCGUGUUAGUGACGUUUAGUGUGUGAGACGAGAGAUGUAGUUCACUGAGCGGUUUCACAUAAAACUAAAUGAUACUACAACAAACUGCGACUUUCUUGACUAGCAAAAUUAUGUUUUAAAUUGACAAACAUCAUGUGUGUGAUUCAUGGUGCAUUUAAAAAUGGGCUAAAAAAUUAUUUGUCUCUCGCCGUUGACUACUGUUCAUAUUUUUUCCAAAAUAAGGUCCCAUGGUGGUCCACCGGAAGGGGCAUCUUAAAACAAAUCUAUGAAUUCGACACUGGGAAAAGUGUUUUCCCACUCUCUUCCGUGGCCUAGGUUAGAAAACAGGAAGCAACCUAUAGGAGUCCAGUAGCCACAGUCCACUUUAAUCCUGACAACAUGUCUGCUGGUCGCUCUCUCUCAUCCAGCACCUGCUCUCCUGUCCUCCAGCUCGUAGCCGAAUGAAGCUCCAUUAACUGAAGAGGAAGCUCAGAUCGGUCACUCUCUUCAGACUCUCUGCUGUGGUAUAAAUUCAGUGUAAUAUGUGUUUUUAAAGUUGGUUUCUAAUAUACAGUGUAUGUGAAUGAAGCUAUUUAUUUGAACUGGAGUUAAUAGUUAUCAGUGUUGGGACUUGAAGUUGCCCCCUCUCUUGGCCUGCGACCAGAGGUGUAUCAUAUCAACGAGUGUUGGUCAAAGAGCAACAGGCUGCCAUUCUGAUACCCACUGAGCACAAAACCUCAUCUGCACUCAUCAGAACUAACUCAAGUCUACAUUUGAUCACAUCUGCAGUGCAGAUAAGACAUGUUUUUAACAGUAUACUCAAGAGGAAAAAAAAAUCUGUUUCUUUCUCCUUCUGUAUGUUCAGGUGAUAAAUAGGUAUCAGUAAAUCAGCCUGUGCCCAGAUUUGCCAAACUCUCCAUUAUGACCAGAGCCUUACAUAGAAAGAUCCAUCAAUAAGAGGCUGGGUUCACCUGCUUACCUUGGAGCUGCUCAUUGUUACUGCUAGCCAGGAAGAAAAAAUGCUAUUUUUGGCUGGAUCUGCAUGCAAACAGAAAAUGUCGUAUUUAACUCUGUAUGGCCACAGUUCAGUCUGCUCAUCGGCAGGAGUCCCUUUCAAAAUGCCCGUAAAAUCACAGAUUGAUGUCUCAAGAUGAAAACUGCCUUUUCUGCUUCAAAUGCAGCGUAGUUGGGCUGCAUUUAAACAUUUAAACAUAUAAGCUGCCUUUCGCUAAGAAGAACUAGAUAAAGGAUGUUUUCAGUUUGUCAUGAUGUUUGGAUCAGAGGGUUAAACAUUAGAUUUGCUUCUUAAAGCAUUAAAAUCGUUUUGGUAAGUUCGGCCCUUUCUGUUGAGAUUUGAAACUGCAGGUAGUCGUGUGUGUAUUCUCCUUCAGUAUUGUUUGUUGUGUAAGUUCUACAUAUCACUGGAUGAAUGAGGAAUAAAGUUAUGUGACCUUA